AUGACUGUAAAAUUUCUUGUAUACGCAGUGAUUAUGUGCUUAGCCAUACCGUUUUCAAGAUCUCAGAGCGAUCGCAAGUGCCGUCCAUUGAAUGCGGAGAAGUUUCCGAACUGCUUUAAAGCUGGCUUCCAUUCAACAAGCUUGUAUCUCGCGGACAACUCAUACUACGAAGAAAGGUAUUCAAAAAUCAUCAAAAAUAUCACGGAGAAGCUCGGCGGUUGCUCAAACUACACAAGCUAUAUUCUCUGCUCGCUGUACGUACCACGAUGUAAAGAAAGCAUGACUGGUCCGUGGCUUCCAUGCCGUGAAGUGUGCGAAGAGUUUUCUCGAGGAUGCUCGGAUCAAAUGAAUUCCGAAGGCUUAAACUGGUUAAAGCCUCUGUGUAAUUUGCUACCCGUGAAUGGAACGAAUAGUGACUGUUUUGAACCCCCGAAUUUUAAACCAUCAGCGAAACCUGAUUCAAGUAAGCUUGCUUAAGUACCUAAUGUAUGUUAUAGUUGAGCGCCCUGUACUUAGUUAGCCCUUAGCUAAACAGUGGCAGAUCCAGACCUUCAGAUAAGGAGGGGGGGUCAUCCAGACACUGAGAUAGGGGGGGUCGGUCUCAAAAACAAUUUUUCGGCCCUUCAGGCCUCAGUUUGGUCUAAAAAUAAGGGAGGGCCGGGGCCCUCGGGCCCCUCCGCUGGAUCCGCCACUGCUAAAUUUAAGUAUAGGCCUCGUCACGGUUUUGGAAGCCAUCUUGACGAGUAGGCAACCGUGUGAGAAAUUACAGUAGUGUUUGUAUCAGAAUCUAAUGUCGUAUAAUUUCCGUAACACGGUUGUUCAAAAAAGAAUUAUGAAUUUUAAAGUAAAGCUUCACUCCUAACGAUUCUCCUGAUUCAUAUUUUUUUCAGAACAGCCGUUUCACGGAAAUUAUUCGACAAUUAGAUUCCCAUACAAACACAUGUCAGUAAUUUCUCACGCGGUUGCUUACUCGUCAAGAACCGUGAUAAGGCCUAUUCGGCGAACUACGUUGACCUACUCUUUUUUCAGGAUGCUGAAAAAAAAAUUGGUGCUUCAUGCCACAGUUAAGUUGUUUACUCUCGAUAAAUCCCUAGCUAUUCACUGUGAAGAACAAUUUUAUUGUUUUCCCUAUAGGGAAAUUAAGACGGAAUCUACCAGGAAAUUGAGUAAUUUUAAUUUUUAGUGGACAAAAACCUUGUACAAGAAUAAUUUAAAGCAUAUUGCAUUCUUUUUUUCAUUUUUCAAGGGCUUUAAAGAUGUAAUUAGUCAUCUGUAAUAACACCAAAGAAAAUUUCUUAUGGUAGCCCGAGAAAAUGAAUGUCAAAUUUCACAAAUUAAAUGACAUCUAAAAUAUGAAGUUUUCAGAAUUUUACCUGUGUUUUCAAAAUUCUUAAUUGUGAAAUUUGACAUUCAUUUUCUCGGACUCCCAUGAGAAGUUUUCGUUGGUGUUAUUACAGAUGUCUAAUUACAUCUUUAGCCCUUGAAAAAUGUAAAAAAGAAUGUAAUAUUCUUUAAAUUAUUCUGGUACAAGGAUUUUGCCCACUGAAAAUUAAAAUUACUCAAUUUCCUGAUGGAUUCCGUCUUAAUUGUUCUACACAGUGCAGCUAAUACCCAUCCGCUGAUACAACUGACAACAAGUGAGGCCUGGGUAUAAAGGCUAGUUUUUUUUCGUGGACAGGUUUGGGCGGGGGGGGAGGGGAGUAGUGACAGAUUACCUGUAUACGCAUAUUUCAUUUGAGAUCUCGAAAAUGCAACAAUAGACAGGAGAGGUCAGUUAGAAGGAAUCAUUUCGGGUGUCCUUUCACGUCUGUCGGCAGUCGGUAGCCAUGGGUGAAGACGGGGCGAGUAUGAAGCAGGGAGGGAAGAAUUCGUGAUAACAAGAGUGUUAGACCCGAAGAAAAAGCACUGACCAGAUUGACAACCUACUUCCACCCUCUAGUAUCUUUUUCAUCGUCAGAAAUCCACUUUUAGUUUUGUAAUUUCUUCUGUCACUAAGUUUUUUUUUUCUGUUAUCGCCAUAACAGGCCUUGUUUGCAACGAAACAGUCUUCAAUAAAAAAUGUCAACAAGCGGGCUGUAAAAAAACCUUUGUCUCAGAGACGACACAGGCGCAGUUACAGAACAAAUUGAUCGCAAGCAUGGAGAAACUGAACAGUAGCGUUAAAAAUGAGACGUGUAAGGCGAUCCUGAGGAAGCUGUCGUGUGCAUCCUACACACCUCCGUGUAAGGAGAAGAAGUUUUUCACAUUGUGCAACUGGCGGUGCCGCAAACUUUUUGACGACUGCCCAUGGGUAUUUAACUUGACAGAAGUUAGCGUGACAGAAGUAAGCCAGGUGGUAAGCAGUUACUGUGCUGAGCCUGCUCAAGGUAACGCGACCAGCGGUUUCUGUGAGCUAACGAGAUGGCCUAGUGCGAGGCAUUGGAGUAAAGGUAUGACACAUUUUUUCCUGUUCGUGAGAUAGGAGCCAGGGGCGGAUCUAGGGGGAGGGUGCAGGGGGUGCGCACCCCCCCCCCCUCUCCUGAGAUGACCUGCGGUUUUCUAAUACAACUGGUAUUCUGCCAAAAAAAACUAUGUGGUUUAUUGGUGUUGAAGUAGAGCAAGAGACGAGUGCACCCCAUCCUAAAAAAAAUCCUGGAUCCGCCCCUGGGAGCUCACUCUAUGUGUUCUCAGGAGUAGGUUGUACAUGUUGUGGUUCAACUUUAUCCUUGUUUUAAAUUUCAUUUUCCUUUGUUUUAAACUCGUUAUCAUACAUUAUCUAACUCAAAGACAAAGUAAAAUAAAAUUUAAACCAAGGACAAAAUUGAACCACAACAUAUAUAAAGACCUAUGCAAGCCAUUGUCUUUUGGUACAAAUGUCAUUUUUAAGCAUCAGCGAGCGUAUUCUUUAACAAUUUUAGCAUAAGAUCAAUCUUGUACCGGUCUCUCGUACCCUGAGUCCUCUGGCAGUUUAUUUUCGCCAAAAAGCCAAAGGACGACUGUGGGCAUGUGAUUGGCUGAAGAUAAUCCAAAACCUGCUAAUAUUCUUGUAAUUGCCCCUUUAACAACGGAAAAACUCCUUCUGAUGUUAUCCUAAGUUUGAAAGUUUUAAAAAUAAACGUGUGGGUUCCUCUGUGCAUUCACACCUUCUGCUGACAUUCUGAGGCUUCUUGAUUUUACUUUUCAGGGGAGCGUCCAAAGAAAUUACCUUCUUCCUUCCCAGCAGGCCUCAUUGCUGCCCUCGUUUUGGUGCCAUUGUGUGCAAUCUGCUUUAUCUACGUCGCCGUGAUAUUGCGCAGGCGCUAUGAGCAGAAGAAGAGUGGAUAUACCCAACAACGUUCAACGUACACUGAACCACAGAUUGGGACUGGGGAGCAUGAUAUCAAUAAUCUACCAAUGUAA